AGAAAAUUCCUGCUUUAGCGACAUUUGACACUGACAGUUCGUCGGUCGUAUUUACUUCAGAAAAAUCUUAUUUUUUGCCGAAUUUCGAAUAAAAACCGCCAAAAUGUCGUAUAUGUUGGCCCAUUUACACAACGGCUGGCAGGUAGACCAGGCCAUUUUGUCGGAAGAGGACCGGGUUGUGGUGAUUCGUUUCGGGCACGAUUGGGACCCCUCGUGUAUGAAAAUGGACGAAGUGAUGUACAGCAUAGCCGAAAAAGUGAAGAAUUUUGCCGUUAUUUAUCUCGUAGAUAUUACCGAAGUUCCCGAUUUUAAUAAAAUGUACGAGUUGUAUGACCCGUGUACUGUGAUGUUUUUCUUCAGAAACAAGCACAUAAUGAUUGACUUGGGUACUGGUAAUAACAAUAAGAUUAACUGGCCUUUGGAGGAUAAACAAGAGAUGAUUGAUAUUAUUGAGACUGUGUACAGGGGGGCUAGGAAAGGGCGGGGUUUGGUUGUGUCUCCCAAAGACUAUUCAACCAAGUAUAGGUAUUGAUUUUGUGCAGUGAAAGGCGUAAUUUUAAGUGUAAAUUAUUUUAUUUGUGUAAUUUGAUUAAUAAAACAGAAAAUACAAAAUAAA